UCACAGUUGUGUCGGAUCCCGUGGAAGGCGGAGAACUAGGUCCACUAAUCUGAGCCAAUGACCGUCUCGAUCUCCUUCGCUUCUCCAGCACGAUCGGUGCGGUUUCGUGUAGGGUUUGGCCAUUUGCUCGCAGAAUCUUAGGGACAGUGGAUUUAAUUAUACGGAUAACUACUGGCCUUGUCUAACCCGUGCUUUUGGAGAAACACGUAGGUUUAGCCUGACCUUGACAGAGAGACUACAAGAACAAUAAGCAGGCAGUCUGUCUGUCACGGAGAGGGAAAGCGAGAGGGGGAAGGGAAGAAGGAGCAGUGCUGGAAGAGCUGCAUGAAAGAGAGCAUAAAAAGAAUUCUGAGAUCGGCCGGGGAGUCGAGGACGAGAGGGAGAAAAAGGAAGGAUCAAAUGAAAAAAAAUGCAUGGAAUAUAAUAUAACGAGAGAGAGAGAGACAGUGGUGGGCCCAUCACCCAUCCACCGCCUGCUUGGUUGUGUCAUACCGUGGCGAUCAUCAUCAUCCAUUUCAUAUCUCCUCUCGUCGUCCUUUAGACCAGCUACAGCGCUAACCCUAACUCGUCCCUCCUCUUCCGAUCCUCCGCCCAAAACCACCUCUACAGAGCCACCACCCACCGUCGAUGAACAAACACCGAUCCGAGCUAAAAAAUGGUGGAGAGUAAGUUGCACGUCUUCCAGCAAUUCCAUUUUAGCAGCUUUUGAUUACUAUAAAACGUUAUUUUAUAUGCAUAUAUAUCUUAGAUAAGGUUGCAAGGAAAAGGAGAGACAAGACUCCGAAUUCCUUUUCCUUUCAACCUCAUCUUUUCCGCGCCUAGCACGCAGAGGCACUUAACUUAUUUUUUCUUAAUCUCCAAACCUUCUUCGACUGCACUGUUCCAUUUCCUGUGCGUUGUUACACCCAUAAGCGAAGGGAACUUGCCAAGUAGCUACCUAGGGGGUCGUGAUGGAUCCAAUUACGCACCAUCUUCCUCCUCCCUUCCACACCCGGGAAUUCCAACCCCUCCACCACUUUCAACAACUUGAACAGCAGCAGCUCGAGAUGGAAGACGACGACAACGGCAUCCCCAGGCUCCACCGAGGCAAGAAGCGCGAUCUCGACGAAGAAAUACGCGACAAAGGCGCGAACUCCAAUUAUAACGGUGGGGGCGGCGAAUCCAAGGAGGUGCUCCCCACUACCUCAGCGGGGGAGGGCGGCGGCGAGAUCAUGCGCCGCCCCCGCGGCCGCCCAGCGGGGUCCAAGAACAAGGCGAAGCCUCCGAUCGUCAUCACGCGCGACAGCGCCAACGCGCUGCGGUCGCACGUGAUGGAGGUCGCCGGGGGCUGCGACGUCGUGGAGAGCGUCUCUGAAUUCGCGCGCCGCCGGCAGCGCGGCAUCUGCGUGCUGAGCGGCGGCGGAGCUGUGGUUAACGUCACUCUUCGGCAGCCCGGCACGGCCGGGAGUACGGUGGUGAAUCUGCACGGCCGGUUCGAGAUCCUGUCGAUGUCGGGGUCGUUCCUCCCCCUGCCGGCCCCGCCAGCCGCGAGCGGCCUGGCGAUUUACCUGGCGGGCGGGCAGGGGCAGGUGGUCGGCGGGACCGUGGUGGGGGCGCUCAUAGCGUCAGGCCCGGUCAUCAUAAUGGCUGCCUCGUUUGGGAACGCGGCUUACGAGCGGCUGCCGCUGGAGGAGGAGGAGGAGGAGGCACUGCAGGGGCAACAACUGGGCGGUGGGCUGGGGUCGCCGGCCGCAAUGAUGGGGCAAUCGCCGCCGCCUCACCAGCAGCAGUUACUUGACGGCAACCCCUCGCUUCUCCACGGACUUCCUGCGAACCUACUCAACAAUGUGCAAUUGCCUGCCGACCCCUACAGCUGGGCCACCGGCUGCGGCGGCGGCGGCAGCGACGGACGCCCAAUCUUCUGAUGACAGUACCCAUGCAUUUUCGAUCGUAAUUAACUGAACUCGAAUGGUAGAUCAAAUUAAUUAAUUAACUAGCUUCUUGCUUCAGCUCCGAAGCUAAUUUGUGAGAGAAUGAAGCCUGAAUGAUAUCUCAUGUGUUCAGGCUUA